AUGUCAACAAGUCCAGGUGACGAAAGCGCACCCAAUCCUUGGAGCGAUACUGGACGCGUCGUGGCCGAGCCUAGCACCGAGUCGAGUUGGAAUGAUUCAGAAAACAAGAGCGAUGUCGUAACCCUCGACCGACGUGAAUUGGACAAGCUGGAACGAUUAUUGGAAGAAGAACGUGGCCGUGUACAAGAAUUAGAGGCUAAAAAUAUAGAAUUGCGUGAUUUUAUUACCACUGCAAACGACAAGUUACAACGAGAAAAGAGCACAUAUGCUGAGACAAACGCCAAAAAGAAUGCAUCGCUGGAUGCUCUCCGUGUCAAACUAAAUCGUUACGAAUUCGCCAUUAAAGAAGCCAUGGUGUUUCUAGCCAAACCACAAGAAAAUUACGAUGAAUACGGAUGGUUGGCUGCUAGACCGAAAACUGGUACUGAGAAUGCACCUGCAGUUGCUCCUGGAUCCGCUCCUAUUGCUCGUGAUUCUGGAGUUGAACCUACACGAUCCAGAACUGGUUCUGCUACGCCAAAGGAUACUAGUAGUAGGCCGACGAAUGCAAGACCAGUACAUGGAGCGCCGCCUACUUCACCUUUAGGUCCAAGUCCUGCUACUGAACGUGUGCCGGGACAUAUUGCAGGACAUGCUCGAAUGGCAUCCUCUGGGAGUGUGACUGCUAGUAGUAUGCUUGAAGUUAAAGAGCAACAACAGCCAAUACCUGCUGGAGUAUCAAGAGCCGAAUUCGUACAGCUGCUGGAGUGUAUGAGGUUGGCUUUAAUGUACUUACGAAAUGCCUAUGUUACGGUCUCACAGUCAGUAGCUACCAGCACGAAUACUACCACAAUCAAUACUACGAGUACUUCCACGUCGAAUUCAGCUGCUCCCGCUACUGUAUCAACAACUGUAACAACUAUCACUACGUCGACAUCAUCAAGCAACGUAAACACCCAAAGCACAGCUGCAACCUUGACGACUAACUUGCAACCAUCCACCAGCAACACAUCACUAUCAGACCGAUUCGUAUCACUCCCACGUCUCAACAUCGCAGUCAAUGACGAGAACGGAUCAGAGAGACAGAACGAUGACGAUGUCAUCGCCGGAAUAGUUGCAUCUGGGGUACCAAUGAAGGGCCCAAGAUCACAAUCAGCAUCAUCCAAAAUGUCUGUGAGAUCAAUCGCCGACGUGCGUGCUUCAGCUGCCGGAUUGUCUCUUCCAUCACCUGUAGUAGCUUCCCCGACUUUAGCUGCAACAAACCCAAACAGUACUGCAAACACACCCGGUACAUCGCCAAAGAAUGGUGGUGCAGAUGAAGGAUUCGAUGAAGGUGACUUAGCGGCCGGAACACGAGACCCGUCAUAUACAGGCCCGAUGCCAAGAGCAUGUAAAAAAUGUCGAGAGCUAGGAAUUCAGCUAGACCAUGCCUCAGAUACGCUCGACGCAAUGAAGCAGGACGUUGACGAGCUCGCAGAUCGUCUCGAAGAAGAAAUCGCAUUACGAGAACGAGUACAAUUAUCAAAGGACAUGCUCGACCAAGAACUGGAACAAUUAACAGCCCAAUUAUUCGAUCAAGCCAAUUACAUGGUUGCAGAAGAAGCCCGAGCUCGGGAAGAUUUCGAACAUUCGAAUAAGGAGCUGAAGGGUGAAUUAGCUACAUGGAUGAAGAGAUUGGGAUCACGAGAAGAAGAGUUGCAUGAUUUAAGAAGAAUGAUGGGUGCACUAGAAGCUGCUAAAAUACGUAGCUCGUCUAUAUCUGGUGGAAAUGCAUCUAAUGGACCACUGUCAAGUCCGAAAGGAUCCAAGGAGAAUCUGGCAUCGAUAUUAUCUGCUACGUCGACCCGUGGCCAUGGAGGACACGUGUACGUGAGAUUGACGAAUGAAGGGCCGAUUCCUGUUAUACCUGUCGAUGCACUCGUGUAUCAAGAAUUUCAGGAACAUGUACGACUUGUUAUGGCUGGAUCUACUAGUACUGUGAAUGCCGCAGCAUCUGCAUCGCUACUAUCUGGCCUGACCUACCAAACACCAUUCAUGAAACGAUGCCUGUCCGAAGACGUAGAGCCCACACUGUUUUACUCCUACCAUUUAACAGCCGUAAACCCACUCUUCAAGACAAGUGGUGUGCUGACCAACUCGUAUAAACGUAAACUGAUUGAUAACAUCACAAGGGGACUAUGGGAGAUUCAGACUUUUGCAUUCACUACAACCACCACGCUACCACGAUCAUCAGGAUCCCUAGACUCCUCCGUAUCAACUAGCCCGACCACCAUACCACACACAAACACUUCACAACCCCAACAACCAGCACCCCCGAAAACCCGCUGCUCAAUAUGCAGCCUCAACCGUGACUGUGAAUUCCGGCUCCGCUUCCCACUCGAUCCAUCAAACCCACAAUCAACUCGCCCACCAACGGCAUCAGACUGGAACCCGCUAUGUAGAUUCUGUCGAGAUCGAGUAUGUGCAGUGGGCGAUUUCUGUGCUUAUAUACUGCACUUGCGUCAGGGUGUUAUUGGACCUGGAAAACAGGGUGCUACUGUUAUGGGGAUUUUCAGACACUGCCUUUGGUUGAGGAGACGUAUGGCUCUUGCUCGUAUUGGGUCUUGUGGUCUGUUUGAAGGUGUUGCUGAGGGUAGUCGGUCUGCUGGUGGUGCUGUUAUUGAGAGUGGGAGUUCAGAGUGGGAACGUUAUGUUCAGAUUGUUGCGUAA